CAGAAAGUCAUACAGUUGCUAAGAAGCAAGUACACCCUACUUAUUAUAACAUCAACACCAAAUCUGGUCUUAUUCUCUAUUCUGCCAAUUUCGCUACACAUUAAAACAUAGAGCUAUCUAGCUCUAUGCAUUCCACUGAUUUCGCAUAGUAAAAACUAAAUGCCCAGAAAUAUGUUCCCUACUACAUUGUCAAUACUAGCAACUCUUCUUAUUCUAUUCCCUUCUUUCUCCAAUGCUCAGUAUAAACCACCCCUUUUUGUAUUUGGAGAUUCUUUGUAUGAUGAUGGUAUGACUCUUUAUAAUGGUGUUAAAGGUGCUGGUGCUGAGUUUUGGCCUUAUGGUGAAACCUUUUUUAAGAAGCCUGUUGGUAGAUAUUCCGAUGGCCGUCUUAUUCCUGAUUUUAUAGCACAAUUUGCGGGAUUGCCUUUUGUGCAACCGUAUUUGUUGCCGGGAUUGAAGGAUUAUACAAAGGGAGUUAAUUUUGCGUCUGCUGGUGCCUGUGUUCUUGUUGAACUUCGUCCUCAAACGAUAAAUUUGAAGAUGCAAAUUGAUUAUUUCAUAGAAAUGGUGGGAAAAUUGAAGCAACAAGUGGGGGAAGCUCAAGCGAAAAAGCUAUUAUCAGAUGGAGUAUAUUUAUUUAACAUUGCUGGAAAUGACUAUGUUACCCUUCUCCAGAAAAAUGUUAAAAAGCUUCCGCUUUCUAAUUUUAAAAAGUAUCGCCACCUCAAUAUGAUCAUCGGCAACCUCACCACUCACAUUAAAACAAUCUACAACCAAGGAGCACGGAAAUUUGCAUUCCAAAACUUGGGUCCUCUAGGGUGCAUGCCAUCAAUGAAAUACAUGCUAAAUUUCAAUGGAUCAUGUGUUGAGGAGCCCCAACAACUAGCUAGGAUGCACAAUACUGCAUUUGCAUCACUAGCUAAAAGAUUACAGGGUGAAUUACCAGGAUUCAAGUACUCUAUUUACGACUUCUACACCGCCUUAUAUCUCAGAGUUUUAUAUGGAACCAGAUAUGGGUUUAGAGAAAGUGAAACAGGAUGUUGUGGAAGUGGGAACUACAAUGGAGAUUUCACUUGCCAAAAGAAAGGCACAAGCUUUACAGUUUGUAGUAACCCUAAUGAUUAUUUGUGGUUCGACGCUGCGCAUCCUACGGAUAAGGCUAACCAGGCUUUCUCUAAGGAGUUUUGGAGUGGAGGAUCUAACCUUGUUGCUCCUUACAAUUUGCAAAAUUUAUUCACUUGAUCAUGCCUUUAUAUUUUGGGAUCAUUUACUUACACUCAAACUUAAAAAUUAAACACUCUUUUAGGUUUCUUUUUAUUUUAUUUUAUUCAUUAUUAUUAUUAUUAUUAUUAUUAUUAUUAUUAUUAUUAUUAUUAUUAUUAUUAUCAUCUAUUAUUUUUUCGUACAUUUAAAGUUGUAGUUUUUAUUUUUCAUUUACUAUAUGAAAUUUGUAAUUAGCAUUAUGUUCCAAAAUUACAAUUGAAUAUGAA